GCUGAGCUAAUGAUGGUCUCUAUGUCGGAAACGUUCCUCCUGCCAGCGACGGCACUGGCUCGUAAUUUCAAGUCAGUGAAUCACAGCACGUGUUUUGAAUGUUAAAUUUGCUGGCAUGUCUUCCACUACAUGAUUCACCUCUAUAUCCGGCAUACUGACUUCGUCACCAAAGGCAUUUCCCGUCCUACGAAUCCGAACACGCCAGUUGUGUGCGUUGGUCCAGGAAAAGGCAUUGUACCUAUGCGUGCUGCCAGUGAACAGUGUAUACACGAGGGAUACAACAGUAUAUACUGCCUUACAGUGUUUUGGUUGCUGUUCUGCACACAAGGAUCAGCACUAUCACUCGGAAUGGUAAUUUUAUGCAGAAUAACAAAAUCUCCGCUAUCUCGUUGCUUGUUCUCGUAACGGACCAGAAGGGGUCAAAUGGACGUAGGUGCAAGAUCUGACGCAGAAGGACGCACAGGAUAUUUGGGAAAUGUUGGGGUAACAACGAGGCAUCCUUAUCAUCUUAGGGU